AUGGCUAUUUGUAAGCAUUUUGGGUAUCCAGAUCUAUUUCUUAUCCUUACUUGCAAUCCUAACUGGCCUGAGUUUCAAAGAUAUACUAAUCGUGAUCAAGUUCCAAUUGCUGAUCGGCCAGACAUUGCUUGCCGAGUCUUCCAUGCUAAGAUGAAGUGUCUUCUUAAUGAUCUUAAGAAUGGUAUGUAUACAAUUGAGUUUCAAAAAAAAGGUUUGCCACAUGCACAUAUUCUACUUUGGCUUGAUGGAAGGAAUAAAUUGCAGAAUAUUGAAAUUGUUGAUGAGUUGAUUUGUGCGGAACUUCCUAAUCCUAUGAAGUUUCCACAUUUGGUAAAACCAACUUUUCCAUGCAUGAAAGAUGGAAUAUGCUCCAAGUUUUAUCCGAAGCAGUUUGUUUAUUAUAUGAGUUUUGAUGAACAUGGUUAUCCUAUUUACAAGCGUCGAGAUAUUGGUGUUAUAGUUAAAAGUCAUGGUGUUGAUCCUGAUAAUAGAUUUGUUGUUCCAUAUAAUCCAUUAUUAUUGAUGAAGUACCAGGCUCAUAUCAAUUUGGAAUUUUGCAGCAAGUCAAAUGUUAUAAAGUAUCUUUUCAAGUACAUUAAUAAGGGUCCAAAUUGUGUAACUGCAACCAUUAGUCAUUCAACUGAGACAACUCAUUCUUUUAAAGUGGUUGAUGAGAUCAAACAGUAUUAUGAUUGUCGGUAUCUUUCACCUUGUGAAUCUAUGUGGAGAAUUUUUGCAUAUGAAAUUCAUCAUAGAUGCCCACCUGUGCAAAGACUCACAUUUCAUUUACCUAAUCAGCAGCAUGUUGUGUUUGAUGAUCAUGAUACUAUUGGCUCUAUUUUAUUAAGAAAUAGAGAUUUGAUGACAAUGUUUACUGCUUGGAUGAUGGCUAAUCGAACAUAUGUUGAAGGGCGAACACUAACAUAUGUUGAGUUCCCAGGUAAAUUCAUUUAUGAUUUACAAUCUCGACAGUGGAAACCAAGAAGAAGGGGAUUUUCUAUAGGAAGAUUGAGUUUUGUUCAUCCUUCAACUGGUGAGCUGUUCUAUAUGGGUAUGCUUCUCAAUGUGCAAAGAGGAUGCACCAGUUUUCGAAGUAUAAGGACUGUCAAUUCUGUUUUAUAUGAUACAUUUCAAGAGGCAUGUUCUGCUAUGGGUUUUUUAAUAGAUGAUAAUGAGUUUGUCUUGGCCAUUAAUGAAGCAGCUGAGUUAUCUUCUGGCGCCUAA